AUCGGCCUCGCGCCUCACUCAUCGCUCCUCACUCUUCACUCUUCACACUCUCCUCACCACACGAAACCACACUUGUACACCCCAACCCGACCCUCCCCAAAACCACCCGCAGCUGCUGUCUGCACCCAAGAACCCAAAAUGGGUGGCGAUCUCAACCUCAAGAAAUCAUGGCACCCCUCCCUCCUCCGAAACCAAGAGCGCGUAUGGUCGGAAGAAAAGCGCGCUCUCGAAGAGCGCAAACGCAUCGACCAACUGCGCCGCGAACGGGACGAAGAGCGCCAGAUCCAAGAAUUGCAGCGCCUGCAUGAAGACUCCGGCAAGGGACGACAAGUGCAGCGCGUCGACUGGAUGUACCAGGAGCCGUCGAGCGCGACGGGCCACUACUCCGAGGAAAUGGAGGGAUAUUUGCUGGGAAAGCGCCGCAUUGAUCAGAUCCUGUUGAAGAAUGAUGAGAGUCAGAGCUUGAAGAAGGGGGCGGAUGUGGGGGUUGGGGCGGCGCCGGCGGGGGGGAAUGCAGUUUCCAUGCAGACGAAUGCGAGGGAUACUAUGACGAAGGAGGGGGGGAGGGAGAGAGAAAGGGAGAGGGAGAGGGGGAAGGAGAGGGAACAUAGGAGUAGGAGAGGGCAUGGGGAUGAGGAGAGGAGGAGAGACAGGAGGCAUCGCUCUAGAUCGCCGGAGGAGAGGAGGAGCAGUAGGGACCACAGGAGGAGUCAUCGCGAUGAUAGAGAUCGGAGGGAUAGGGAUCGAAGGAGUGACCGGGACCGGGACCGGGACCGCGAGCGAGAUCAUGAUCGCAGGGGAGACAGGGACAGGGACAGGGAGAGAGACCGAGACGAGAAGGAUCAUCAUCGUUCAAGCAGAUAUCGGGACCGCGAUGACCGGUCUACGCGCCGCGGGUCGCUUCAUGACCGAUCGCCCUCGCCGCCUCGGGCUGAGCGCUACGACUCGGACAGACGUCGCUCGGACGAUCGGAGGGAUGGGGGUUACAAGGAUUCACGCGAUCGGGACAAGGAUCAGGAUCGCAGAGAAAGGCCCGGUCGCUAUCGGGAUCAGAGGGAGUACAACAGAGGCCCCAGAGAUCCAUACCCUCGGGACAGAGCACCCAACCACGCCAAUGCCGCGGAUGCAGAGCAGAAGCGAAAGCAGCAGGACGAAGAGCGCCAGCGCAAAUUGGCUGAGAUGCAAUCGAACGCAAGCGAGAUGGAAGAUUCCCGUCGACAGCGCAUUGCCGAUGUGACUGCCCAGGAGGAGAAGAAGCUCCAGGACGAUGAGAAACUCCGUUCUGACAAAGGCCGUUUCGUGUCGGGACUUCAUCGCCAGCUUGAGGGAGACAGUCUGGACGAUCGGCUCAAGCGCAGUCGUGGCGGCUUGGCCCGGUUGGAUGAGGAUUGAGGCUUUCAGUUCAUCUCCAUCUAGUUGUGGUCGUCAGUCUGAGGUCUAAGGUCUGAGGUCUCACCGCGUAUCGUCAAGCAUGAGGUAUUAUGGUUUCUAUUUCCUGCUUCGGCAGCGUUACGAAUAACCUUUCAUAUUCGAUAUCUCUGUCGAUCAUACGCAUUUUACCUUGAUUACGACGUUGUCAAUCAGAAAAUUCAUGUAUCAUAUACCAAGUCCUCCUAACAAUGCAAUCAUU